AUGACUGCUGCACCUGUCAAGAGGAUUCCCCCCAGGGCACUUCCGAUCUGGCGUAAAAUCUUUGACCAAGGAAGUGUCUCUCAAUAUAUCAUCGAUCAACCUUACAAUGGCGCUGGCACCGAGGAGGAUCCAUAUCAAGUAUCCUGGGUCCAAGAAGACCCCUGUGAUCCCAUGUUGUUUUCUGCGGUGACCAAAUGGCUGAUCAUGGUGCUGGUUGGUAUCGAGACACUAGCGGUGGCCUUGGUAUCAUCCGCCUAUUCGGGUGGCAUUGUUGAAAUCCUGAUGGACUUCCGAGUCAGCGAGGAAGUGGCUCUUCUGGGUAUUUCGCUGUUUGUCAUCGGAUUUGCUGUCGGCCCUCUGUUCUGGGCACCCUUGAGUGAGAUCUAUGGACGUCGAUAUAUCAUGAUCGCAAGUGCCGUGGGCUUAACAGCCUUCACUGCAGGAAGCGCUGGGUCGCAGAACAUUUGGACCUUGAUUAUUCUGCGAUUCUUCGCUGGGUGUCUCGGCUCUGCGCCAUUCGCAGUCUCUGGUGGGAUUAUCGCGGACACGUUUCCUGCCAUUACUCGAGGCCUUGCUAGUGGAUUGUACUGCGCGGCACCGUUCCUCGGGCCGACCUUGGGUCCUAUCAUUGGUGGCUUCCUCUCCGAAAAGGCCGGUUGGCGAUGGGUUGAGGGACUUGUUGCGGCUUUCGCUGGACUCUUUGCGAUUAUCACAAUCCUUACCUUGCCCGAAACCUACGCUCCGGUAUUGUUGAGUAAGCGUGCCGCACGCCUCUCUGCAAUGACCGGUCAGGUUUAUCGUAGCAAAAUCGAGAUUGACAAGGGAAAGAUGCGCCUUGGAGCCGUGCUGAAAACUGCGCUGUCUCGACCUUGGGUACUAUUGUUCCGUGAGCCCAUUGUACUCCUUUUGUCGAUCUAUCUCUCUAUCAUUUACGGCAUUCUUUACCUUCUUUUCGCAGCCAUUCCUAUAGUCUACCAAACCGAGCGUGGCUGGAGUGAAGGGAAGAGCGGUCUCGCUUUCUUAGGCAUCCUGGUCGGCAUCCUAUGCUCUGUCGUCGCGACAUUCCCAAUGUAUUUCCGAUAUAAGAAGAAGGCCGCCUCAACCCCGGGCCGCGUUGCCCCAGAAGCCCGGCUCCCCGAUGCCUUCAUUGGUGCUAUCGCGCUAGUCGUCGGGUUGUUCUGGUUUGCUUGGACCAACUCGCCUUCGGUCCACUGGAUGGCUUCGAUCGCAGCCGGAGUUCCCUUCGGUUUUGGCAUGGUUAUGGUCUUCCUCCCUGUUUUGAAUUACCUGAUCGACGCCUACACAAUCUAUGCUGCGUCAGUCUUGGCUGCAAAUGCUGCUUUGCGCUCGGUCUUUGGUGCCGCAUUUCCUCUCUUCACCACACCCAUGUACAAAAACCUGGGCAUUCACUGGGCUUCAUCCAUUCCUGCUUUCCUGGCGCUUGCUUGUGUGCCCAUGCCGUUCUUGUUUUACAGGUAUGGUGCCGUUAUUCGACGUCGGUGUCAUUAUGCUGCUGAGUCGGAUGCUCUCAUGGAGAAAUUAUUUGGAGUUCCACCACCGCCCAAACAGGAAGAGUCAAGUGAAGAGCGCCCUGGCUCCGAAGCAUAA